CACGCUAGGUUCCUGCCCCGCGCCGCCGGCUGUACCGGUCGUUAUUUGAGGUCCGGCCGCCUUCGUCCGAGUCCAUCCCGGCGUGCAGAAUAGUCGCCAGCAUGUCUGACAAAUUGCCCUACAAAGUCGCGGACAUCAGCCUGGCUGCUUGGGGACGAAAGUCUCUGGACAUUGCAGAGAAUGAGAUGCCAGGCCUAAUGCGCAUGCGGGAGAUGUACUCUGCCUCCAAGCCACUGAAGGGUGCCCGCAUUGCCGGCUGCCUGCAUAUGACUGUGGAGACCGCUGUCCUCAUUGAGACGUUGGUUGCCCUGGGUGCUGAGGUGCGGUGGUCCAGCUGCAACAUCUUCUCCACACAGGACCAUGCGGCAGCUGCCAUUGCCAAGGCUGGCAUUCCAGUGUAUGCCUGGAAGGGUGAAACAGAUGAGGAGUACCUGUGGUGCAUCGAGCAGACUCUCUACUUCAAGGAUGGGCCCCUCAACAUGAUCUUGGAUGAUGGCGGUGACCUUACCAAUCUUAUUCACACUAAGUACCCACAACUUUUGUCUGGCAUCCGAGGCAUUUCUGAGGAGACCACCACUGGGGUGCACAACCUGUACAAGAUGAUGGCCAAAGGGAUCCUGAAGGUGCCUGCCAUCAAUGUCAAUGACUCUGUCACCAAGAGCAAGUUUGACAACCUCUAUGGCUGCCGAGAAUCCCUCAUAGAUGGCAUCAAACGGGCCACAGAUGUGAUGAUUGCAGGCAAGGUCGCGGUUGUAGCAGGUUAUGGUGAUGUGGGGAAGGGCUGUGCCCAGGCCCUGCGAGGUUUCGGAGCCCGUGUCAUCAUCACUGAGAUCGACCCCAUCAAUGCACUGCAGGCUGCAAUGGAAGGCUAUGAGGUCACUACUAUGGAUGAAGCCUGUCAGGAGGGCAACAUCUUUGUCACCACCACAGGCUGUGUGGACAUUAUUCUGGGUCGGCACUUCGAGCAGAUGAAGGAUGAUGCUAUUGUUUGUAACAUUGGACACUUUGAUGUGGAGAUUGACGUGAAGUGGCUCAAUGAGAAUGCUGUGGACAAGGUGAACAUCAAACCCCAGGUGGACCGUUACCGGCUGAAGAAUGGGCGCCGCAUCAUCCUGCUGGCUGAAGGCCGGCUAGUGAACCUGGGUUGUGCCAUGGGUCAUCCCAGCUUUGUGAUGAGCAACUCCUUCACCAACCAGGUGCUGGCACAGAUUGAGCUGUGGACCCACCCAGACAAAUACCCCGUUGGGGUUCACUUCUUGCCCAAGAAGCUGGAUGAAGCAGUGGCUGAGGCCCACCUGGGCAAGCUAAAUGUGAAGCUGACCAAGUUGACUGAGAAGCAGGCGAAGUAUCUGGGCCUGUCCCACGAUGGCCCCUUCAAGCCUGAUCACUACCGCUAUUGAGAACCAGAGCUGCCCUCACCUUCCAGCGGUUGUCCUUGUCCAGGCCCACUUCUUUCCAAGAGCAAAUGGCACCAACUCUGCAAUUGUUUUCCCAGUGUCCUCCAUGGGCCCCCUGGGA